GGCCUAUUUAUUCUUAUACUACCGCAACUCCACUCCGUAUUGAAGUCCAUUGUCAAUUCAGAUAAUAAACAAUUCCAUACAAUAUGGGAACAGAGGUUAUUAAAAUGGCGAUACAUUAAGGUUAAAAGCUAGAGUGAAAAUGUGUGGGAAAUGUGUUUCAUUGUGUUUGUUGUUUCUUCUGAAACAAGAGUUUGCAGUAAGCAUUCGAAUCACAGAGCUUACUGUACCGAGUCAUGCUGUAGAAAGCGGGUCCGUACUACUCCAAUGCCAAUAUGAUCUUGAAGGAGAAAUGUUGUAUUCCCUCAAUUGGUACAAAGACGGAAUAGAGUUCUACAAAUAUGUACCAAGCAAUAACGUUCAGUAUAAUUUUUUUCCGCAGAUCGGAGUCAAUGUGGAUGAAAAAGAUUCUUCAAGUAACGUCAUCAAAUUGACAAACUUGACUUCCGAUUCUGCUGGAUUGUACAGAUGUGAAUUGUCGGGUGAAGGGCCAUAUUUCAUAACCGUUCAUGACGAAAGAAAUAUCAGUGUACAUCUACUACCAUAUAGACGGCCCCAAGUAACAGGGCUCGAAGAAGAAUAUAGAGCAGGGGAUAUCAUAGCUGUCAACUGCUCAUCGUCAAGAUCUCGGCCACAGGCCCGAUUAAAAUGGCUAAUUAAUAAUGAGGCAGCUCCAAGAAAAUACGUCACCGGUCCCUGGUAUAGAAUAUCGAGAGAGCGUCCGGAUGCAAGAGAAACUAUACUACAAUUAAGAUUCAUUGUGAAAAAAGAACAUUUUGAAAAUGGAAUAUUGCAACUGAAGUGUCAGGCCACUAUAGCGCCUUUAUAUCAAGACGAGGUUGUACACCAUAUAAUACGCGCAGAAGACAAUAGGAUCGAUCCGAUAUCUGAGGACGUAAUGAAUGAGGAAAUAAACAGGUUAUUCGAUCAACAAACUCAGCUAAGCUCGUAUGAUGACAUAGAGAUGGCGGUAGCUGAAUCUCAGAAUGACCAAGGUAUCGGAGCUAUCAUGAGAAUUUCCGUUUCAAGCGUUAUGAUGAUGGUUGUAUUACAAAUUUUACUAUGAUGUCACAAUUAUAAUACUUUUGAAACUAAAGAUGUUAAGAAGGUUUCUCAAUGUUAAGCAAAUUACGGUUUUUCUUAUUACUGCAUAUAAAACUUUAAUAUUGUUCGAAUUGCAUUUAGUUUCGCAUGAAAUUCCGCUAAAGUUAUUAUUUUUUUGUUAUUAAUUAAGAGACUUUCUUUCGCCGUUCUAGUUGUGUAAAGUUUUUAGUUAUACUGUAGUGUAGAAACUGCCAGUAUUAAUAUGUAUACAAAAGUGCGUACAGUGUAUUGCAUUUCCGAAUGAGCUUUAUUUGAAGUUAAUUUUUUUGUUAAUAAAUGCUUUAAAAAAAAGUCAGUUUA